AUGCUAGGUACAAUUAAUGAACUUGCAACAGAGUAUGAAAUGUGUAGGAAAACAAUCACGAGAUUAUGGAAAGAAGUUCAAAAGCAAAGGGAAAACAACAACACAGCCAUCAACCUCAACAACAAGAGGGUUGGGAUACAGGCACCCAACAAAAUUCAAUUGGAUGAGGAGAAGUUCAAGUCCAUCAAAUUUGAACUAAAAGGCAUUCAACAUUCAGUGGCAAAGAAAAUGGAAGUAUCACAGUCAACAGUGUGUAGGUGGAAAAAGGACAGAGUAAUUAGAAAGCAUACAAACACAAUCAAACCCACACUAAAUGAUAAUAACAAACUACACAGGUUAAGUUUGGCAUUAUCUAAGUUGCAAUAUGAUGAACACAUUGAUACGUUGAAGUUUAAGCCACAUACUAACAUUGUUCAUAUUGAUGAAAAGCAUUUUUAUCUAACUCGGGAAUCACAGACUUACUACCUAGCACUGAGUGAAGUAGAACCACAUAGGGAAAGUCAAUCCAAAAGAUUCAUUCCAAAAAUAAUGUUCAUGUGUGCUGUUGCAAAUCCAAUUUUUUUAACUAAUCGUGAUGUGUUUUUUGAUAGUAAGAUAGAGAUAUGGCCUUUUAUUACUCAAGAGCCUGCCAAAAGGAGCUCAAAGAAUAGAAAGAAGGGGAAUUGGAGACCAAACCAAUACAAUCAAUAA